AUGCAAGAAGUAAAGAAGGAGCUUAAAUUAAUCAUCGUUGGUGAUGGAGCCAUAGGCAAAACUUGUGCUUUGUUCAGCUAUGUGAAUGAUAAAUUCCCAACUGAAUAUGUGCCCACCGUUUUCGAUAAUACAAUUACUUAAGUUGAAAUUAAUGGAGAAUAGUACUAGUUGUCUUUAUGGGAUACAGCUGGACAAGAGGGCUAUGAACAUUUGAGAUAAGUAUGUUAUUAAGGAACAGACAUCUUCUUGGUUUGCUUUUCACUAGUGAGUGAUGUUAGUUUUGAAAAUGCUUUAAAAAAAUGGCUGCCUGAAAUCUCAUUAUACAACAAAAAUGGGUUUAUUAUGUUCUUAGGCUUGAAAAAGGACUUGAGAGAUCCCAAAAAUCUAAAUCAUAUAUAAACUUAAGUGGCAGAAUAAACCAUUAAGAAGAUGGGUUUCCAAUAUAGAGAGACAAGUGCUAUGACUUAGGAAGGUUUAAAGGAGGCCUUUACAUUUUCAAUCUAAAGCCUCAUCAAAUCAAGACAAGAACAUUAGAAAACAAAAAAACCCAAGAAAUCAAGCUGCUAGUUGAUUUGA